AUGCAACCAGAGUCCAACCAGGCGAUCCAGGAUCCUGUGAACAAAGACCCGUCCCCUAAAUCUCAGUCUCUCGCCCAGCAUGGAAACCCCUUGCCCCCAGCACAUAGCCCCGGCCGUGCCUCUGACCAAGAUGACACUGGCGAAGUGCCGGCCGAAACUGGGCCUCACGACUGUGCAGUCCGGAUAGAGUCUCCUAGCUAUGCGAAAACUGUCGCUACUGAUCGUGUCAGCGAAUAUGAACACGCGUCUAUCGUGUUGCCGAGCAAUAGAGGAGCGUUACCAUUCAAAGCUAUCGCCUUUCGUGCGACUUGUGGUGGUCACCAAUCGUCAAUAUUGGAGAGUCUUCCAAACGAGGUAUUGACCCAUAUUUUAUCUCAUCUACCUCCAGCGGCUCUUUCUUCUAUGUGCCUGGUCAAUCGGCGAUUCCAUGGCCUUGUAACCACCCCUCACGCUUGGAGGACAGCCUUUUCACGCUACUUUCCCGGCCCCGCUGCAAUAGAUACAGGGAGGGGCGCACUGGACCCGGAUGAGCUGGAACACUUAUCUUCAAGGAGACGUGCAUUUUGUCGUCUGACGGCUUUGGCCUCAUGGAGAAAUGAAUACAUUCUCCGAACUCGGUUGUUGCGUUCGUUGGGGCGAGGGAAACCAGCAGAUAACGAGAAACCAGGACCGCACGCCUCUCCCCGAGGAAACCACACAGCAUCCCAGGCUAUCUCAAACUACAACUCACUGUUGCUCUAUCCUGUUUCCAAUAUUGAUGGUGCCUUCGGAUCGGGGUUAGAAAAGAAGGCUGCUCUCUUCGUCCAUGGAGCAAGUGAACAGGGAACCGCCUCUGCAAGUGAACCCGCUAUUGGAAAAUCUGGUCUUGGCGCAUGGGGCAUAUCAGAUCCCCAGACUUUCAACCAUUUUGAGGAUUCCUUCCCUGGAGAGCAACAAUGGGGCCUCGGCUCUGGGGAGAUUGUAGGACUUCCCAAUGUGAUGGAUGUAAGCCAGCAAUAUGGGAUGGUAUACGGCGAAGGCAGACCUCAUGGACGCAUUUACUUUUUAUCUUCCAACGAGAAAAGGGGCAGGUUCUUGAAUUUGGCCGAAAGUCCCGCCCAGCCACAUCUAGGCAUGCCUAAACUUAUUGCAACAAAUACCAGCAUCUGUUCUGUUUGGAUUGCUAAGUCUGCUCAAAUUCUAAGUAUUACCAAGGGGGUAUGCGGCAUUCUAAUGGGAGGUUCGAAUGGCGUUCUCACUGCUUAUGCCAUUGGCCCUCACCAUUCAUACAGCCAGCGGUAUGAACGAGGCGAAAUCACAGCCAGAUGGAUUCUAUCUCCUGGAGUACCAAUCACUUCAAUUUCGGUGGAUGAAAACUUUUCGACGAAACGACAUGCAAGCCGUCGUAUUUGGGCUGUUGUUCUCAAUGCCCUGGGCGAAGUCUUUUAUCUGACGCAAAUCCCAGUGCACGAAAUGGCACCUCCAAAAUCAACAAUGGAACACCUUCACCAAUCAGCAUGGGAGACUGGCAGAUCCGUUCGUUGGGAACUUGUUGAAGAAACAAGACGGGUUACGCAGCCCGACCCGUUCAACACGUCGUCUCUUGAUGGAAACUACAGUCCAAGAUCCUCGAGCCACUCGUCCGGCCUUGCUCAGGCGCAACUGACAGUGGAGGCUGCAGAGAUUGAGAAAUACUUAGAUAAAAACCCACAUCAUUUUAGGAAAGUUUAUAAGGGUUGGGACAUGCGACGAAAAUUAGAAGUUGAUUUUGCCGGCGACGACUACCAAGGUGCUGGCGAAUCUGUCACAUUGGUCACCUGUGGUGUUACACCAGGGCAACGGACAUGCCUAACUCGGUUCACUCGUUUGAAUAACUCGGUACCCCCCGAUAAUGAGCCAUUCUCCCAAGCGCAAUCGAAUACAGCAAUGGCCUCGAUUUUCGGCAGUUCAGGAUCAGUGUCAACUGCUAGCGCCACCCGCCCAUUCGCUUUAGGCGAUUAUAAGUGCUUGCAAACGUCAUGGACAAAAUCAAACCUUGUUAUAGAUUUGCCUAAAGCUGCUUCCAUCACAGUUACUGCCAUGGACAUGUCAACAAUUGCCGUGCUUACCACGUUGGAAGAUCCGCUACUAGGCAUGUGCGGCGGCUCUGAAUCCUCUUUGAUGUCCACACCCAGGUCAGAUUCCAGCGAAGCUUCUCUUCCUGCCCAGGUUCCAGGCAACAGAGGCAGGUUUUUUGCUAUUGGGACCUCUACUGGGACUGUCAUCGUUUGGAAUAUCAGAGCUCCUGUUUCACAGAAUAGUGAGGUCGUUAAUCAUAUCGAUCCAGUUAGAGUCAUUCGCACAGAUUCUCCACAAGUAACUAGUUUGGCAUUGACUUCGCUCUAUUUGGUUCACGGCGGCAACGACGGCUUAGUCCAGGCGUGGGAUCCCCUUGCAUCAUGUUUACAGCCCAUUCGCACACUCAACUCGCGAUUUUCUUCCAGGGCACGUCGUCGUCUCCAGCAAGCAGAAGCAUCCGUGCCAGGGGUUGGUCACAAUUUCUUUGCUGCAGGAGCCAUAUGCCUUGAUCCUGAUCCCACGCGUCUGAGAGGUAUCGUAUCUCUUGGCACUCAGCUACGCUACUGGUGGUAUAGUUCUUCUGCUGCUGAUCACUACAAAAGUACCAAGCGCCGUCUACGUUAUUCUGAGCGUAAAAGUAAUAGAUCCACAGAAACAGAUCGUUACUCUCACACAGGCCGUGGCGCAUUGAAAGAUUACAUUUUCAAUGAGCAGUUAGAAAUCCAAAGAUUGAAACAAGAGCAAGAAAAAGCACAGAAACUUCUGAAUGGAAGGUUUGGUGUUGACAUCCUUGGCCCCGGGGCGAGCGAGGAUGACCUCCUUGCCUAUGCCUGUAUGCUGAGCGAGGAGUCUUAUACCAGUGAUGAAAGAAAACGUCGCGAAAGCGAGAGCAGUGCAGGGGCGAGUUCGUCGGGUGGCACUGUUGCCCCACAAGCCUUCCUGCUUGAACGGGAGGAGCCAUCGUACAAAUCCCAUCUACCGGACCAACCGCUGGACCCAAGCAUUGCUGAAGCCAUCCGUCGUAGCCUCAACGACGAAACCUUGACGUUUGAACGCGAAUUCGAUUGUGUUAUCACCAGGCCUAGGCCAGCUGAAGAGUCAAGUUCCUUAUACAAGUCUAAUAUACCAACUAAUGAACACACUGCUCACCAGGAAGUCGAAGACUUCAAGCUUGCGCUACGAUUGAGUCUCGCGGAAGAUGAAAACAAUUUCUGUACAGAGUCUGAAUCCCAAGGAUGCGGCUCAUUUUCAGAAGAUAGCUUGCAUGACUUUCCAAGCCUAGACAAUACGACGUCAACAGCUCUCUCUAACAGGAAUGAGCGGAAAGGCAGAGGGAAAGGCAAGGGAAAGGGGAGGGCGUAA